CCCACCCCACCCCUCACACACACACCAGAUGAACCCAUUUUUGUGCAGAACUGCUAAUCAAUGAAGAUUCUAAGCAUGUUGGGUUUUACUGGUUCUUGAUUUAUGGUGAGGCGGUGGGUAGUGGGAGAGAAGAAGAAAAGAAGAGAAAUGGAAAAAGAAACUUGUUUUUAUGGUCAAUUUUGGGUAAUGGAAAUAUGAGCCGGGAUCUUUCGGAAACAUUCUCUUUACCUUCAUAAGGCAGAUAAGGUACUCCGAACAUACAAGUUCUGGUGGCUGAAGUUGUGUAUCGGUAGCAUCUUCCACUAUCUAGCAAUGGAUUUUUCAUUUCUCAGUAAUUUCCUGUCGUUCAAACCCCACUCUGCGAAGGAUAUGGCGUCAACUGUUGUAUCUACUAGUACCCUAAUGGAAGCACCUAACCAAAAGGCUCAGUUUGAUGCUAAGUUUUGGAAAUGGACCCUGUUUUCAUUUGUUCCUUGGGCCAAAGGAUCUGAGGGUAAUAUUCAGAUGCCGACAACUGUCAACAAGAAGCUGAAAAGGCGCAGACAAUCUCGUGAAAGUGUAGACUCUCUAGCUCGGACGUCAACCAUACGUUUUAGACCAUAUGUCUCGAAAGUUCCUUGGCAUACAGGUCCAAGAGCUUUCCUUUCACAGUUUUUCCCUCGAUAUGGUCAUUAUUGUGGACCAAACUGGUCAAGUGGGAAAGACGGAGGGUCUUUGGUUUGGGACAGAAGACCUAUUGAUUGGUUGGAUUUUUGCUGUUAUUGUCAUGACAUGGGCUAUGAUACUCAUGACCAAGCUGAGCUUCUCAAGGCAGACCUCGCAUUCCUCGAGUGUUUGGAGAAGCCUCACAUGAGUACGCGAGGGGAUCCUCAUACAGCUCUGCUUUACAAGACUAUGUGCAUUUCAGGACUCAGGAACAUACUGAUACCUUACAGGCAACGCCUCAUUAGCUUGCAAGCGAAUCAAUUAUCUUUCGGAUUUGGAUGGCUCAGCGGUAUCAUGGAACCUGCAAAAUGCUUGAAAGACCGUCUCAUAUGGUUACAGAAGUAGCCAUGUGAAUAACUCGCGGGAUCCUAUAUUAGUCAUGGAAGCUGAAGCAGCUGCGAUCUGAAUGUUGAAAGUUGAAGAUUGCACUUGCCGAACAAGACAUUUCUGCAAAUUCCAUUUCAUCAAUGCCUGAGAUAAUAUAACUGUUGAACUGCAUAAUGAUGUAAUUAGUUGUUUCACUAUUCCAGUGCUUGUACAUUAUUCUAAAUUUACAGUAUAUCAAGUGUAAAGUAUUUUCUAUGUUAUUGUUAUGGAUUUUUGGAGCUAGAUUAUGGUUAGAAAAGAUGUUUGGAACUAGUGUAUGGUUUGAAAGGAAAGCAACUGCUAGAUGAAUAUGAAUAUAUGGGAAAACCAAUAACAUAUCAAGUAUGAUCUCAUUUUAUUGAUAA